AUGUCUUCUUUGCCCGAGCAAGCUAAGAACUUUUUGUCUCAAAUUGAUGCUAAAACUGCCAACCAACAACUUUUGCAUCAAUUCGAAAAGCAAACUGGUUUGCCAAGAUCCUAUGCUGUCUUAGCUUUGGUUGCCGUAUACUUCGUGUUGAUUUUCUUGAACGUUGGUGGCGUUGGUCAACUUUUGUCCAACAUUGCUGGUUUUGUCAUACCAGGUUACUACUCUUUGAUUGCCUUGAACACCAGAACUUCCUCUGAUGACACCCAAUUGUUAACCUACUGGGUUGUAUUCGCCUUCUUGAACGUCGUUGAAUUCUGGUCCAAGGCUAUCUUGUACUGGGUUCCAUUCUACUUCUUGUUCAAGACCAUCUUCUUGCUCUACAUUGGUGUUCCAUCAUUCGGUGGUGCCACUCUUGUAUACCAAAACAUCAUCAAGCCAUUUUCCGAAAAAUAUGUUGGUACAGGUGGUAAAGGCAGUAUUGCUAGCAAGAUCGAUGAUGCUGCUGAAGGUAUUUCCUCUGGCGUUGAGCUCUAA